UGUGGUCGGUGAAGCCACUGAUGCUCUGAGGUCGCAUCUGGCAGGAGCUGUGCUGCAAUUUGCUCGGGCGAGCCCAUGUUGCUGUGGGUUUGCCAUCGAGGUGAGCACACGUGUGGGUUUGCCAUCGAGGUGAGCACACGUGUGACUUCACCUGGAGCCCUCUGAUGUUUAGAGCGUUAGUGAGCUGGACCUUGUUUUCUGCUACUAUCCAUCUAAAGCCUUUAGUUUGUACAAGUCCAAUUUAGGUGCGCUGCUUUGCACUGUUUAUAUGUAGUUUUUUAAGAACUGUCCUCCUUAUUCAUUGCAAAACGAAGCCCGCUGGCAAGCGGGAAGCUGCUACAGAUGUUUCCAUGAGAAGGUUGCAGCUCUUCUUUCUGGUUAAGCUCCGCAGACACAUAUCUAAUUACAGCUUUGUGGCCGGCAUGAGGUUAUAGAGGGAGGAAAGUGCGUGCUGAAAAUCAGUUUAAAUGAUUUGAGGGCAGCGACUUAGUGCUGGGGGUGCUGCCUUCACACCGAGGCAGGACACAAAAUGCUGGCGGCACGCACGGGGACCGUGGGGAAUAAAAAUGCCGAGGAAGCCCUGAAGCUGAGGAAGCAGUCGGUGCUUUCCCUGGGGAGCAGGGAGAGAGCCCUGAAGAGCUCCUCAGAAAGCGGGAAGGAGGCCGAGCCCGGACAGCCGCAGCAGCGUGCCCGGCGGCUGGCUCUGCUGCGGGAGCUGGAGAUGAACUGGUACCUGCGGGUCUGCGAGCUCUCCCAUGAGUACACCAUCGCCUACACCACCGGGAUGCCCCACAGAAACCUUGGAAAAUCUGGGUUGAGAGUCUCGUGCCUGGGCUUGGGGACAUGGGUCACUUUUGGAGGCCAAAUCUCAGACGAGGUGGCUGAGCAGCUGAUGACCAUUGCCUACGAGAGCGGCGUCAACCUGUUUGACACAGCCGAGGUGUACGCGGCCGGCAAGGCUGAAGUCAUCCUGGGAAACAUCCUGAAGAAGAAGGGCUGGAGGAGGUCCAGUCUGGUUAUAACAACAAAACUGUACUGGGGUGGAAAAGCUGAAACAGAAAGAGGGCUUUCAAGAAAACACAUCAUUGAAGGGCUAAAGGCUUCUCUGCAGAGGCUGCAGCUGGAGUACGUGGAUGUCGUCUUUGCAAACCGGCCAGACAAUAAUACGCCCAUGGAAGAAAUUGUCCGAGCGAUGACACAUGUAAUAAAUCAAGGCAUGGCGAUGUACUGGGGAACAUCACGCUGGAGUGCUAUGGAGAUCAUGGAAGCCUACUCUGUAGCCAGGCAGUUUAACAUGAUACCACCUGUGUGCGAACAAGCUGAAUACCACCUUUUCCAAAGAGAGAAAGUGGAGGUUCAGCUGCCAGAAUUAUAUCAUAAAAUAGGGGUCGGAGCAAUGACAUGGUCUCCGCUAGCCUGUGGGAUCAUCUCAGGGAAAUACGGCAACGGGGUCCCUGAAACCUCAAGGGCUGCACUAAAGUGCUACCAGUGGCUGAAAGAGAAAAUCAUAAGCGAGGAAGGCAGAAAGCAGCAGGUGAAGCUGAAAGACCUGUCGCCCAUCGCCGAGCGCCUCGGCUGCACGCUGCCGCAGCUGGCCGUCGCAUGGUGCCUGAGAAAUGAGGGGGUGAGCUCCGUUCUUCUAGGAUCUUCUAACCCGGAGCAGCUGAUAGAGAACCUCGGAGCCAUACAGGUCCUUCCAAAGAUGACGUCCCAUAUUGUAAACGAAAUAGAUAAUAUUCUGGGAAACAAGCCCUACAGCAAGAAGGACUACAGAUCAUAAUGCGAUGCAUGACUUACCUGGACU